GGUGUGUCUCUUUAACCAUUGAUGCAUGUGUAUGCGUCUAAGCUAUCAUUAACAUUUGGAAGUGGCCAUGGUUCAUGGCCAGAUAUUGCAACUGAGCAGGGUAACUACGUUGCUUAGGUCAGGGAUACUAUGUAUAUUCGCCCAGGAGAUCUUGCAGAGGAGCAAUUGUCUACCAAAGACAGGCCGCAGUGCCAUGGCAUUGUAGCAUGUGGCAUAUAUUUCACCACUUUCGCAUGUUUUCCUGCUGUAUCAUGCGAUGCUCACCAUUCUAGUGCUACAGAGACCCGCUAUUUCUCAUCCCAGGAGAAGUGUAUUUGUGUGCAUCUUCACCCCCUUCCCCUCCACAUUCUGCAGUAACCUGCGGCAAAAAUGGCGAAUUUUACUUGUGACAGUAAUGUCACCUUUUCUUCCCUGGCAAGCACGUUAUUCGUUAGUGGCAAUGGCGUGUUUCCGCUAUCCCAUGGGCCAUGGACUCGUACCAAUCCAAAAGUCCACCUUCUGUCCGUGCGGUAAACACAAGACUGAUGCGUAUCUCAAAUCGGAUGGUGCAAGAGUUGGGCGAAGCGCUUGCCAAGGCUGCAGGUCUAACAUAUCUGGUUCGCUAUCACAAUCUCUAUCGAGUCCACUGUUGUCUGCUGUUCAUUCAGCACUGAUCCGUCAAUUACCGCCUCAGCCUUACUCUCGUUUUCACGACCCUGUGGGCAGUUGUUUCUAAACUGAGGAAGAAUGUGUCUUUUCAAGUUAUCUUUUCAUCCUCGCCGCUCCUAGGCGUCCAAUCAUGCCCCUUAGGCCACAUCUACACAUCUAUUCUCGUCCUAAUUGCCGCACUCACU